AUGCUAAUCAAAGGAAUUAGUAAUGCUAAAGUUGAUAAGAUCCUCGAAGCAGCGACAAAAUUGGUUCCAUUGGGGUUUACUAGUGCUAGUCAGCUUCAUGCACAAAGGCAAAAGAUCAUUCAGGUAACGUCAGGAUCAAGAGAACUUGACAAGGUUUUAGAAGGAGGGAUCGAGACCGGUUCUAUUGCUGAAUUGUAUGGUGGAUUCCGCUCUGGAAAGACUCAGUUGUGUCACACCUUAUAUGUCACUUGUCAACUUCCACUGGAUCAAGGUGGUGGUGAAGGAAAAGAAAUGUGCAUUGUCGCCGAAAACGGUCAUAGUGCCAAGA